UCAAGCCACAUUUGACAUUUAAAAUACCUAACCUUUAAUGGGACCCUUCCACUCACUUGACUUGAAUAUUUUCCUAUAGAAUAUUUCCCUUGAAUGAAAUAUACAAAUUAAGUUAGUGAGAAGCACCUCAACACCUUUGAUCACUUUGUGGGUCGCAGAGAGUUUCACAGUUUUUAUAUUUGGAGAAAAGCAUGCUGCAGUCAGGAAGUGAGUUGGCCUGCAUACUGUGCUACUUAUAGAACUCUGCUCUAAACCACAAGCGCUGAAAAAUUGUGGCUUAUUGUUCUGAACAGCACCUUUUCGGUGGUCUUCAUGCAUGCUCAUACAGUAGCGCUCUCAUGCUGAAGAAGUUUAGACAAUGGUUUGCAUUGCAUUAUGAGUUCAUCCUGGGGACCUGCUUUCUGUUGUCUUUUCUACAAGGAGACAAAUCUUUUACACAUUUGCUUUUCGGGUCUUGCGUUUGAAGAUACAAGGAGACAUCACCUGGUUAACAUUUAAGUUCUGAAAUAUCUCUCUCAGAUGACUUAAAAAAAAAAAAAAAAAAAAAAAAAAAAAAAAACGUGAUGCUUUUGAUUAAAUCAUGGCAACUGACAAUUCAUCCGAAACAAAUUUUCAAGACCUGUCAAAACUUGAUCUUGGACACAUCGUUCUAAUCUGCAUCUAUGGUGUUACCGUUUUCUUCAUGAUUAUACUUGGAUGCCUUUGCCUAAACAAGUAUCGGUCAAUGAAGAAGACCAUACGGGAUCUGAGGCAGCGGAGGUCAGGUGUGAUCCCCCGAGUUCUUUCCCAAGAUUCUCCUCCUCCAUCUCCCAAUGUUCUAAAUAUUCCUGAACUACCAGAAGGUACUACAGAGAGCCCGUUACAGAGACAACAAACUAAAUCCAGCUGCAGAUUUCCCUGGAAGCCUCCACUACAGGUUCCCCGGUUCACAAAAGCAGACCUGAACCUUAUUCAGCUCAUAAAGGCAGGUAGAGAAGGAGUCUUCUACAAAGGGAGGAUAAUGAGGGGCACUUGUAGAGGCCACUCGCUGGUCACUUGCAAAAUUGGAAAAGAAGGUAUCACGCCUAAGCAGAUGGAAAAUGAGGUGUCUAUUAUGAGAAAGCUGGCGUAUCAUAAAAAUGUGAUGCAGCUGUUAGACUGGAACACAGCAGAGGAGCCGUAUAUGCUGAUCAUGGAGUUCAUAAGCUACGGAACCCUGCGCAGUUUUGUUCAGAAACACAAAGAUGAACUGAGCGCCGACCCUGAACUGCAGAGCCAGUUCACCAUUGUGUCUUACCACAUCGCCCUGGCCAUGGAGCACUUGCGCUCCAAAAUGGUGGUGCACUGUGACCUCGCCUUAAGGAACAUUCUGGUGAGCCGAUUCCCAUGGGAGGUGAAGGUAGCAGAGUUUGGCCUGGCCAGGGACUUGACCCGCAUGAGGAGCAGACGCAGCAGCAGGAAAAAACAGCACAAGGAACGCGUGCCCCUGCGCUGGUACCCUCCAGAGUACUUCCGGAACAACUACUACAGCUUUAAGGGAGAUGUCUGGGCGUUUGGUAUCGUGCUCUGGGAGAUGCAGUCAUUUGGCACCUUGCCAUAUCCAGUUCUGAACACAUCUGAGCAAGUGGUGUACAAUGUCUGUGCUGGAUACAAAAACACUGUCCCCAGCACCUGCCGUCCAGAAAUAGAACAGAUCAUACAAGACUGCUGGUUGGAUCCAUACACAUCUAGACCUUCAUUUAAAGACAUUGUCAAGAUCCUGGAGAAUAUUGUGGAGAGUGAUGGGGAUUAUGUGGACGUUGACAACCAAAGGAUCUUGAAUGCAGAAGAAAAGUGAACUAAAAAACACAACGACUAAUACUACAAGAAUUUUGUAGCAAUUGUUUUAUCAUUGUUCAAAUGUAACAUCUACUUAAUUGUGUGCAGGCAUACUUUUUGAACAAUGUUUGUAUUUAAGGAUUUAAUUCUAUGUAUAAUAUCUAUAGAUCAGUGCGUGCAUAGCAUUUGAAGCAGGUAGACAUUACACAACUCUAAUGACCAAAUGAGAGUAUUCUUCCUGUUUCCAUGGAUAUUUUUUUAAAAAGCAUCUAAAAAAAAAAGUCAGUGUUUGUUGUCAUAUACAUGCUUUAUUAACACAAAAUAAUUUAAUAAAAUAAGUUUAACAGUG